CUCGCAAAGACUCGACCCGACUCGACAUAUACCAGGAUCACAACAGAACGAUGCCAACCGCAAGGACACAUGCAGCACAUGGAAACCCCAAGGGACAGCACCAUCCCAACUACCCAAACCCAGGCCAUCCACAGCAGCAGCAACAGCAACAGCAACCGCAGCAGCCGCAACAGCCGCAACACGACUCGCACUCGGUCAUCCUCGUCACCGCAGGAUACGACCAUGUCAUUCGCUUCUGGGAAGCACUGAGCGGGAUCUGCUCCAGGACCAUUCAACAUCCAGAUGCACAAGUAAACAAGUUGGCUAUAUCCCCCGACAAACAGUACCUCGCAGCAGCCAGCAACCAACACGUCCGUCUCUACGACAUCAACAGCUCACAUCCCAACCCAAUUCUAUCCUUCAAAGGACAUACGAGCAAUGUCACUGCAGUAGCAUUCCAUUGCGAAGGCAAAUGGAUGGUCACGGCGAGCGAGGACCACACGUUAAAGAUCUGGGAUAUUCGAUGCCCAGAUCCUCAGAGGAAUUUCGACCACAAAGCACCAGUCAACGAUGUUGUCAUCCACCCAAACCAGGGCGAACUCAUUUCUUGCGAUCAAAAUGGAAGUAUCAAGCUUUGGGACCUAGGCGAAAGCUCUUGCACACAUGAAUUGGUGCCCGAGGAGGAUGUGCCGAUACGCUCAGUCACUGUCGCCAACGAUGGAUCGUCUCUGGUUGCUGCCAACAACAAGGGCAAUUGCUACGUUUGGAAGAUGGCUCAUACGCGGGACUCGACGGAUCUUCAGCCCAUCACGAAAUUUGCGGCCCACAACAAGUAUAUCACAAAGUGUGUCCUCAGUCCGGAUGUCAAACACCUUGCUACCUGUUCGGCUGACAGUACAGUCAAGAUCUGGAAGACAGAAAACUACUCGUUCGAACUCGAAAAGACACUGGUCGGCCAUCAACGCUGGGUGUGGGAUUGUGCUUUCUCAGCGGACUCGGCAUAUCUGGUCACGGCUUCAUCGGACCAUGUAGCACGGUUAUGGGAGCUAUCCUCGGGCGAGACCAUCCGUCAGUACAAUGGACACCAGAAGGCCGCAGUUUGUGUUGCUCUGAAUGACUUGUCCAUGUAGAACGAGGAACAGCCUCUUGCAGUCGGUUGGAAUGAAAGAAAAGAUUGCUUGUUCCGCGCUGCACAUUGGCUGCGAAUAUCCAAUUUGCCUUCAAAUGGCCUGUCCAUAAAUAUCACUGUGAUAUAGACUCAGCAUAUAUAAACCUUAGUGUUCGCGAU